AUGGAUGAGAAACCGGCUGAUUCGAAAACGAAAGAAGAUUAUGUAUUUGGGAAGACACUGGGCGCUGGUACAUUCGGUGUCGUAAGACAGGCCAGGAAACUGUCGACGGAUGAAAACGUAGCAGUAAAGAUAUUACUGAAGAAAGCGCUGAAGGGGAAUGACGUGCAUUUGAAAAUGUUAUACGAUGAACUCGCCAUUCUACGGAAACUAGACCAUCCUAAUGUUGUGAAAUUCAAAGAUUGGUUCGAAACUGACGAGAAAUUCUUCAUUGUUACUCAGCUUGCUAUCGGGGGUGAACUAUUUGAUAGAAUCGUGACAAAGGGCAAAUUUACAGAGGUGGAUGCUGUAAGGAUCUUGGUUCAACUAUUAAAAGCGGUCGAGUAUAUUCACUCUAAAAAUAUAGUUCACAGAGAUAUCAAACCUGAGAACGUAUUGUAUAUUGACAAAUCAGACAAUUCACCCUUGGUACUUGCUGAUUUUGGGAUUGCCAGGGAAUUAAAUACAGGAGAUGAGCUUAUUUUCAAGGCCGCUGGCUCUUUAGGGUACGUAGCUCCCGAGGUAUUGACUACUGGCGGUCACGGUAAACCAUGCGACAUAUGGUCUAUUGGUGUCAUUACCUAUACGCUAUUAUGUGGGUAUUCUGCAUUUGCGGCGGAGACCGUAGAGGGGUUUCUAGAUGAAUGUGUUGCUCACGAUACACCUGUUGUGUUUCAUAAACCUUACUGGGCAAUGUUUCAGACGAUGCCUAAACAUUUUAUUCUGAGAGCAUUGGACUUGAAUCCAAAGUCGAGGCCAACAGCAUCGCAGCUGAUGGAAGAUCCAUGGAUUGUCAGUGAAGAAUUACUGACACACAACUUGCUGCCCAGUGUCAAAAAGAACUUCGACGUACGCAAGAAAUUCAAAGAGGCUGUUGAGAUUGUUAAACUAAACAAUAGAAUCAAGAAGUUGAGAGGAAUGUACUGUGGUGUGAACGAAACAGAUACAGAUAUCGAGGAAAAUAAUUCGAGAAGUAAUUUACAACUUGAUUUGUUAUCACACCGAAUGAAAACAUUAAAUGUUAAUAAUAAGAGGGAUAGAGAUUUGACAGACGAUGAGAAAAAGCUAAAGAGCAGUCUCACGCAAACUACUUUUGCCCAAUUAGUUAAAGCAGCCACUUCAAACAAAGAAAAAGUGUUGAACUAUGGUGAAAAUGAUAGUGAUAUUGACAGUUCUGAAACUAGAACAACUACCACAAACUCAUCAAGUGCCACGCCUUAA